AUGCACUCUCGGGACGUGCUGCGAGCCACGCAGGAGCUGCGUCUGCAGCUGGAGGCGACGGACGAGAGUGGCGGGCGCCUCCCCCGCGCUCAGCCUCCCGGGCGCAGCGACUCUGGGGACGCGGCUGGAGCUCGGAGGCUGCGGGGCCGCGUCUCCGAGGAGCCCCCAGGGAGCGCCCCCAGGGAGCGCCCCCAGGGAGCGCCCCCAGGGAGCGCCCACAGGGAGCGCCCCAAGGGAGCGCCCCCAGGGAGCGCCCCCAGGGAGCGCCCCCAGGGAGCGCCCCCAGGGAGCGCCCCCAGGGAGCGCCCACAGGGAGCGCCCCCAGGGAGCGCCCCCAGGGAGCGCCCCCAGGGAGCGCCCACAGGGAGCGCCCCAAGGGAGCGCCCCCAGGGAGCGCCCUCAGGGAGCGCCCCAAGGGAGCGCCCCAAGGGAGCGCCCCAAGGGAGCGCCCCCAGGGAGCGCCCCGAGGGAGCGCCCCAAGGGAGCGCCCCAAGGGAGCGCCCCAAGGGAGCGCCCCCAGGGAGCGCCCCCAGGGAGCGCCCCAAGGGAGCGCCCCCAGGGAGCGCCCCGAGGGAGCGCCUGGCUCGAGGCACGGCUCCGGCUGGAGCACGCGAGCCACUCCCGUGCCGGUGA